UUAGUAGUGUAAUGACGUUUUAACUCAUCCAAGUGGAUAAUAAAAAUAACAAAUAAGUUGUUGCGGAAGUGACGACAUUACGGAAACCACAGUCUCAGCUAUCGUAGAUGAAAUUGUAGUCCACAAAUAAACGGCAGACUAAAGACGUCGACGAAAAGCUACUUUCUCUACUCCUCCUCGCCACCCUGUCUCCUUAGGCUGCCGGUCCUAAUGUGGAGGCGGAGCAGAACUUGUGUUGAGCACGUGCCUGUGUUGCCAUGGGGACACCCCCCUUGUUCCUGCUCCUCCUGGGCCUGACCCCUAUGCUCCGCCUGACUGUUCAUACCUUCCACACGUCCGCCCCUCCCCCGGCUCCCCCUCCCUCCUGUGGGCCGUGCCAGUCCUGGGCCGUCCGGCUGCACACAGACUCCGAGCUGCUGGAGGCUGAAGGAUCCACCCUUCACGAGCUGGCCAGCAGGGUGGCUGAGCAGGCUGGCCUGGAGAACAGGGGCCAGAUAGGGCAGCUGGAGGGCCACUACCUGCUCUGUGCCGGGCCUGAGGAGGAGGGCAGGCCGGGGGACGUGCUGGCAGCCCACCCUCAUGUGCUCUGGCACUCCCAGGAGCAGGUCCUCAGCCGCUCCAAGAGAGCAAUAGCCUUCAACGACCCCAGAUACCCAUUACAGUGGCACCUGCACAACGAUGUCAGGGAGGGCAUGGACAUCAAUGUGACUGGUGUAUGGGAGCACAACAUCACAGGGACAGGGGUGACGGUGGUGGUCGUGGACGAUGGGGUUCAGCAUACCCUCCAGGACAUUCAGCCAAACUAUAGUCCAGAGGGCAGUUAUGACUUGAACUCCAACGACCCGGACCCCAUGCCCCACCCGGACGCCCGCAGUGACAACCACCAUGGCACGCGCUGCGCUGGGGAGAUCGCCGCUGUCUCCAACAAUAGCUUCUGCGCUGUGGGCGUGGCCUAUGGCAGUAAAGUGGCAGGUAUCAGAGUCCUGGAUGGGCCGCUCACAGACAGUAUGGAGGCGGUGGCUUUCAACAAGCACUACCAGAUCAACGACGUCUACAGCUGCAGUUGGGGUCCUGACGAUGAUGGCCGCACUGUCGAUGGACCACACCCCUUGGGCAAGGCGGCGCUGCAGCACGGAGUGAUUGCUGGCAGACGGGGCUUCGGCAGUAUCUUUGUCGUCGCCAGUGGCAAUGGGGGCCAGUACGAGGACAACUGCAACUACGAUGGCUAUGCUAACUCAAUCUACACUGUUACCAUUGGAGCAGUAAAUGAGGAAGGGAAGAUGCCCUUCUAUGCUGAGGAGUGUGCCUCCAUGCUGGCUGUCACCUUCAGCAGUGGGGGCAGAACGCUGCGUAGUAUUGUGACGUCAGACUGGUCACUGCAGCAGGGCACGGGCUGUACUGACGGGCACACGGGCACCUCGGCGGCGGCACCCCUGGCGGCUGGCAUGGUGGCUCUGAUGCUGCAGGUCCGGCCCUGUCUCACCUGGAGAGACGUGCAGCACAUCAUCACCUACACAGCCACACAGUAUGAUGUGCAAGGGGACUGGAAAAUCAAUGGAGCGGGCUUCCACCACAGUCACCAGCAUGGCUUCGGCCUGCUCAACGCCUGGCGGCUGGUCAACGCUGCCAAGGUGUGGGAGAUGGUGCCAUUCCUAGUGUCCUAUCAGAGCCCAGUGCUGAAGGAGGAGGCUCUUGUCCCAGCCUAUCCGGAGCAACUCAACCUAACCUGGAACGUCACUGCAGCUGACCUCAGGCAGUCCGGGAUGCAGACCUUGGAGCACGUGUCUGUCACCUUGACGCUGGUCCAUUCUCGCCGCGGCAGCGUGGAGAUCGCUCUGCUCUGCCCUAGUGGAAUGACCUCCCUCAUCGGGGCGCGCCGUGCUCUGGACACGGAUACCUCGGGUUACUCAGACUGGACGUUCUCCACUGUGCGCUGCUGGGGAGAGGGAGCCGAGGGCCAGUACAGGCUGCAAGUCUCUGACCACAGUAAGGAAGAGCCUGCGUGGCCCCUGGGCACUCUGAAGCACUGGAAGCUCACUCUGUACGGCUCCUCUCUAUCCUUCGAAGAGGUCAAGGAGAGACAGAGUGUGGUGGAGGAGGCUAUGGGGGGGCAGUAUCUGGACAGCAGUUUCUCCCUGCCCUGUCCUGCAGGCAUGGACAUCCCCCCUGAGACGGUCAGCCCGUUCACAUCCAGCAGCCUCAAGUCUCUGCUACUGCUGGGCUGCUUCGCACUCUUCUGGUCCCUGUACUACACCCUGGAGGUGACCUUGGCCAACCUGGACUUUAGAGGACUGUGUUGGUGGGACAGGGGGAUGCGGGGCUCCCACAGGGGGCUGGAGAUGCUCUGAGCUGGAGAGAACUGUGUGUUGGACUAAUCACUGGAGACGCUGCCACAUAACACUGGAGAACCUCUUCCCUCUACGACCUCCCACCCGCCGUUCAUCAGUCUAGGCCUGCGGUGAACCCAGGGGGGCAAACUGGACUGGACUGGAGACUGAGCUAUGUGGGCUGGAACUGUGAUCUCACUGGCCCACCCAUCUCUCCCCAAGCCUGUGGCCUUUUAUCAGCGUUGCAGAGACCCAAGCCUGUGGCCUUAUAUCAGCGUUGCAGAGACCCAAGCCUGUGGCCUUAUAUCAGCGUUGCAGAGACCCAAGCCUGUGGCCUUAUAUCAGCGUUGCAGAGACCCAAGCCUGUGGCCUUAUAUCAGCGUUGCAGAGACCCAAGCCUGUGGCCUUAUAUCAGCGUUGCAGAGACCCAAGCCUGUGGCCUUAUAUCAGCGUUGCAGAGACCCAAGCCUGUGGCCUUAUAUCAGCGUUGCAGAGACCCAAGCCUGUGGCCUUAUAUCAGCGUUGCAGAGACCCAAGCCUGUGGCCUUAUAUCAGCGUUGCAGAGACCCAAGCCUGUGGCCUUAUAUCAGCGUUGCAGAGACCCAAGCCUGUGGCCUUAUAUCAGUGUUGCAGAGACCCAAGCCUGUGGCCUUAUAUCAGCGUUGCAGAGACCCAAGCCUGUGGCCUUAUAUCAGCGUUGCAGAGACCCAAGCCUGUGGCCUUAUAUCAGCGUUGCAGAGACCCAAGCCUGUGGCCUUAUAUCAGCGUUGCAGAGACCCAAGCCUGUGGCCUUAUAUCAGCGUUGCAGAGACCCAAGCCUGUGGCCUUUUAUCAGCGUUGCAGAGCCCCAAGCGUAUGUGAGUAAGUGUACUGCGGGGGAGAAACCUAAACCCUCUGGAUCUCUCAGCACCCUCCGGUCUCACCUAGCAGUGCUAUAGAGGUGGUAGUUUGGCUUGGUCUUUGGGUUGAAGUGUGUAUCACUAGUUUGGUUCAGUCCCUUACCUGGGUCUUUUACUGUGGGAUUAGACGGCAUGCUGGACAACCAGACAGAGCAGCACUCCUGGGGUGGUUUCCUGGACAAUGAUUAUCCUGGACUAAAAAGCAAGAUCAAUUACGAAUAUCCGUUAGAAAUGCUUUUUAGCCCCGGAUUAGGUUAUAGUCUGGGUCCGUAACCGGCCCUUGCAGUUUAAAUCAGUCUUCCAAAGUUUAUUAGGUGUGCACCAUGGGAAGGCAUUACAAUGCUGUGCGUGUGAAUGUGUUUUUAAAUGUAAAUUGUUUUGGGGAUGUGUGACGGUGUGAGAAUGAUGAAGUGCUCUUGAGAUUAUGGCUGCUUUUUAAAUUAUUUAUUUUAUUAAUAGGAUUUGUUCAAAUGUUUGCAUUGUAAUUUCAGAAAAUACUGUGUACGAAACAUGAAACACCUUCCUAAUAUUGAGUUGCCCUCAGAACAGUCGAUUUGUCAGGGCAUGGACUCUACAAGGUGUCAAGCAUUCCACAGGGAUAAUGUUCCAUGUUGACUCAAAUGAUUCCCACAAUUGUCAAUUUGACUGGGUGACCUUUGGAUGUUAGACCAAGUUGCUUUUGGUUUUGGUCCAACAGCUAUUGCGACGAUUUUAGAUGGUACAAUGAUUACCGACACUAUUCCGUGCUUGUUUUCUCGCGAACUGAAAUUGAGCGAACAGUGUAGAAUUUUUGCAACUAGGAAAUGAAUCAUUUCCACUAGAUAACACAGCCACGAAUUCAGAACAGCUUUCCCAUUUUGACAACAGAUUACAUUCCGGUGGGAGAAAUCAGUAUGCAAAUAUCGCAGCCAAUCCCAACACUAGCGGCUAAGUGAUACUGUGAAACACUUUCAUUCCACUAUUAGCGCCAGAUAUAUUAUGGAAAUUUUUCUGAAAUUACAAUGCAUAAAUUCAAAGAAAUCCUGUGUGUAGCAGCUUUAAAGCUACAAUAUGUACGUUUUUGGGCGACCGGACCAAGUUCGUAUAGAAAUGGGUGAUCAUUCAUUCCUGUCUAAGAAGCGGUAGAUUUGUUCUAUGUGUGCUAUUUCUAUGCUUUCCGUUCUAAAGUUUUUUGCUUAUUUUACCUUCGGUUUUGUACUCUAACUUUAAACAGCUGAAUAUACAAUAUUUUUGAUUAUGGAAAAUAUAUUUCAAAGCGGUUUAGAUGGUACGAUGGUUCUCUACACAAUGACUACUUGUUUUGUCACAAACUGAAAUUACGCAAACUAUUCGUAUUUUAGCAACCAGGAAACGAUGGAGCGAUUUCUGUGCAUCUUUUAAGUUAAUUAUUUGUAAACCGACCUCCUGUUGGGAAUGUUAUUUUGUGCAGACUGUAUACAUUUUUCCAGUACUUGAACUUGAUUUGGGAUCUGAGUGUGGGGUUGAAUGUGUUUUUUAAAUUUGUUUUAUCAACUGUAAUAUGUGUGUGUUGUACAUCUAUAUAUCAGAGUUUGAUGAUUUUUAUGAACUGAAACAUAUUAAAGAUUGUAUUUUUAUUUACUGAA